AUGUAUGACACAGGGAACAGCAUCCUCUGCCAGCCGGUGUUCCAGUCCAGGCUGGGGAACCAGCCUGUGACCAAAACGUGCCAGGGGGAGACAGGGACCUGGAACGGAAGGAGCACCCUGGUGGUCGACACUCAGACCCAAGAGCUGUACAAGGCCAUCGGGGACUGCUACCUGCUGUCCGCCCCGGGGCCCCACGUGCUGCUGCUGGUGACCCCGCUGGGGCGCUUCACCGCCCAGGACGCGGUGGCCGUCAGGAGGGUGAAGGAGGUCUUCGGGGCGGGGGCCAUGAGGCACGCGGUGGUCCUGUUCACCCACAAGGAGGACUUGGCGGGCGAGUCCCUGGACGAUUACCUGGCGGACACGGACAACCACAGCCUGAGGAGCCUGGUGCAGGAGUGCGGGAGGAGGUACUGCGCCUUCAACAACAGGGCCACCGGGGAGGAGCAGAGGGAGCAGCUGGCCAGGCUGAUGGCCGUGGUGGAGAGGCUGGAGAGGGAGACGGGCGGCGCCUUCUACAGCAACGACCUCUUCUUCCAAGCCCAGCUGCUGCAGCGAGGCGGGGGCGGCACCCGUGGGGCGGAGCUGGGGGGCUACCUGGCCAGUGUGCGGGUGCAGGUGGAAAAGCAGAAGCGAGACCUGCGAGGUCCCGGGAGUACCUGGGCCUGCCCGCGCUCCUCACAUCAAAAGCUGGCUCAUUUCUCCUUAUGA